AUGGCCAAAUACGAUUUUGUCAUGCUGUGGAUCUUGACGCUGACAGCCGCCAUUGCGGCUGCCAGGCCCAUGGUUGUUGACAAAGGACGGCAGAUAACAUACACCGGCUUGGACCGCAAUGGAAUAGAAGUGUUUUUGGGUAUCCCCUUUGGCCAUGAUACGGGCGGCAAAAAUCGUUUCAAACCGCCAGUGGCCGUUGUUCCUCCACGCGGGAGCCAUAUCAAUGCUACUGUAUAUGGGCCAAUUUGUCCCCAGGAGCUACGUGCUGGCUCACGGGGUAAGCUGGUAAUUUCUGAAAAUUGCUUGAAUCUCAAUAUCGGAAGGCCGAAGAACAUGACGAGUCAUGAUAAGCUGGCGGUUAUGGUAACCAUCUACGGCGGGGGUUACUGGGUAGGACAUAAUCAGGAUCCGAGGUGGCACGCUGAUAAUAUGGUCAAGGAGUCGGUGGCCAAUGGUCGUCCAAUCAUUCAUGUUGCGAUGAACUAUCGUCUAGGAGGUGAGUAUACACCCCUUCUCAACAAGCCAAAAGAGACUCCUAUUCUAAUGCGAGUACUAGUGUUUGGGUUUGCUCAGACCACGGCUCUCAGAACCGAGAGAUCAGAGAAUGCAGCUCUGAGAGACCAACGGUUGGCACUCGAAUGGGUUCGGGACAACAUUGCCGCCUUUGGGGGUGAUCCGAAGAGGGUAACAAUAUUCGGACAGUCAUCAGGAGGUAUUCUUGCCCCCUGA